GAAGAGAAGAAAGCGGGCGGCUAGGGGGCGGUUACCACCCUAGCUGGACUCGCCCGGCACGUUGAGGGGGCCCCAGUGUGCGGCAGGAAAGGAGCGGAGCCCGAAGCAGCGCCGAAGGUCUUUCCAUAGACAACCGAAGCAAGGCUCCUACAAUCAAAAGUGCCUCUGUGCUGAGUCUUUGGGGGAAAAACUUACCUGAUCCAAUCUGCCAGACUUGGAAAAGGAAAGUGAAGAAUCCAGUGUCAUACUGUGAAGUGAGUGGCCAAGUUCCACCAGUUUGGUGCAUCAGGCUUCCACCUUUGUUCUGGAAGAUCUCAAAGGAUGCACCAUGAUGAAACGUCAGAAACCUCUCAGCAGCAGUGAGAGUUCAGAUGAGUGUCCUUCCACUUCCUUUACUUCUAGCUCAAUGUAUAGGAAGAAGUCAAAAAAUCCUAAGGAACAUAAGAAGUCUGCUGAGGUAUUCCGAAAGGACCUCAUCAGUGCCAUGAAAAUUCCUGACUCUCACCAUGUUAAUCCUGACAGCUAUUACCUCUUUACUGACACAUGGAAAGAAGAAUGGGAAAAGGGAGUGCAAGUACCAGCCAAUCCAGACUCUGUUCCAACACCUUCUCUCAGAUCAAGAAAUAGAACAUUACCAACACCCCAGAAGCCUUUCUUCUGCUCCCUGCCAGUAACUGACCUCCCUCACCGUAGGAUUAUAUCUGAAAAAGUAAAGGAAGUUCUCUUUGUCCGGCCCCGGAAAUAUAUCCGUUGCUCCAGCCCAGAGUCUGCAGAGCCUGGCUAUAUCAAUACCCUAGAGCUGGCAGCAUCUACAUGCCGCUAUGACCUAGAUGACAUGGACACCUUCUGGCUUCAGGAACUCAAUGAAGACCUUGGAGAAAUGGGUUAUGGGCCAAUUGAUGAGACUCUUAUGGAAAAGACAAUAGAAGUUCUGGAACGCCAUUGCCAUGAAAAUAUGAACCAUGCUAUUGAAACAGAAGAAGGGCUAGGAAUAGAAUAUGAUGAAGAUGUGAUCUGUGAUGUGUGCCGGUCUCCAGACAGUGAAGAAGGGAAUGAUAUGGUAUUCUGUGAUAAGUGUAACGUCUGUGUGCAUCAGGCUUGUUAUGGCAUCCUUAAAAUUCCAGAAGGCAGCUGGCUAUGUCGUUCCUGUGUCCUGGGCAUUUAUCCGCAGUGUGUUUUAUGUCCCAAGAAGGGUGGAGCCAUGAAGACCACCAGGACAGGGACUAAAUGGGCUCAUGUCAGCUGUGCCCUGUGGAUUCCAGAGGUCAGCAUUGCUUGUCCUGAGAGAAUGGAACCUAUCACAAAAAUCUCCCAUAUUCCACCUAGCCGGUGGGCCUUAGUUUGCAGCCUGUGCAAGUUGAAGACAGGAGCUUGUAUUCAGUGCUCUGUGAAAAGCUGUAUCAUUGCCUUCCAUGUCACCUGUGCCUUUGAGCACGGCCUAGAAAUGAAGACGAUCCUAGAUGAGGGUGAUGAAGUAAAGUUCAAGUCAUUUUGCAUCAAGCAUAGCCAAAACAAGCCGAAAGUUGGGGAGGCUGAGUACCACCACCACAGAGCUGCUGAGCAGAGCCAGGCAAAAAGUGAGAAAACCAGCCUGCGGGCACAGAAGCUUCGUGAACUAGAGGAAGAAUUCUACACCUUGGUCCAGGUAGAAGAUGUUGCCAAAGAGCUGAGGCUAUCUGCUUUAACUGUCGACUUUAUCUAUAACUACUGGAAACUGAAGCGCAAAAGCAACUUCAACAAGCCAUUAAUUCCUCCAAAAGAGGAAGAGGAAAAUGGCUUGGUACAGCCAAAAGAAGAAAGCAUUCAUACUCGCAUGAGAAUGUUUAUGCACCUGCGGCAGGACCUAGAGAGGGUCCGAAAUCUAUGCUAUAUGAUAAGCAGGCGAGAAAAGCUGAAACUGUCACACACCAAAGUGCAAGAACAGAUCUUCGGUUUGCAAGUCCAGCUUAUCAACCAAGAAGUUACAGAAGGACUUUCUUUGACAAAUGCACUAGAGAACUCAUUGUUUUACCCACCACCACGAAUUACCUUAAAGUUGAAAAUGCCUAAAUCAACCUCAGAAGACUGCAGAGACAGCUCCACAGAAACCGAGAACCAACCUUCCUCUCCUGGCAGCAGCUCCCCUGGUCACAAUAAAAGGAGCCCACAGAUGCUUGAGGAGCCACUGGACACGAAUGUGAAAAUAUAUCCAAGACAUCCACUAGAAAUCAAGAGUAACUGUUUGCUGGCUAGCCGCAGCCAUUCUCGAAGUGAAGCCAAGAGUUCCAGUCCUGCUCAGAGAACUCCAUCUGCAGAGUUCUAUCAUGGGCAAUCAUUAGGGAAGCCUCUGGCCCUUCAGGCUGCCCUCCAUGGACAGGCUUCUAUUGGUAAUGGGAAGAGUCAGCCUAACUCCAGGCUUGCCAGUUCCAAUGGCCUGGAGGGCAACUGGUCUGGGAAUAUCACCCAGAAAGAUAAUUCAGAUGAGAUGUUCUGUGACCAGGAGUCCAUGCUCAGUUCCCACUUGCCCAGUCAGGGUAACGUUAGAAAAUCUGGCAUAGAACACUUCAGCAGGUCUUUUAAGGAGGCCACCAAUACAUGGGUGAGGCCCACUGAGGACCUCCAGUAUUGUGUUAAGCCAACUAAGAAUGUGAGCUCUAAGGAGCAGUUGUGGGGUAGACAGCUUCUCAGGCGGUCGACAGGAAGAGCUCCAUAUCAGGAAACCGAUGGGUAUUGCCCCGAUUUAGAGCCCAGCGAUUCAGAAGCAGAAGGGGAGGGGAAUAAAGAAACAGCAAGGGUAAAGAGAGAAAGUUCUGACAGAGAAAAUCCUUCUCAUGAUUCUGCUCGGGAGUGCCAUGGGAAAAGUAAGACACAUCCUCAUUCCCAUAGCUCAAUGCAAAGGUGAUCAGAAACACCUAAGGGUAACGCAGCCGUUGCCUUUGCCCCACAUACUGGGGGAAAUCUAAACACCAAAAGGAUUCUAGUGUAUAUUAGGAGGAAUUGCAGGGAAAAUGAUGAUUUGACGUUUUUUGAAAAGGUUUCAGGUCUAGUUUUUAUAAGCACAUUACAAGAGUUACAGAUUGUCUGGGGUUGCUUUGUUGGAGGCUGCUGGGAAUAGUUGGGCCCAGAGUAUUUGCUCAGUAAGUACUUCGGGGCUGCUUUUUGGUUACUUUAAAACACUGAUUGAUCUACGUAUUAAGAAUCCUUGCAUUGUUGAUGGAUUUGCAAAAGAACAUGACAGACACUAAAACUACUUAUCUUUUAAAACUAUAACAUGUGACUCCUUAGUGCUCAUGUUUGUAGAAAAAUUCUAAUUCCACUGGUAUCUAUAAAACCUCUUCAAGGGAGAGACCAGGAGAGCAGCAUUCUCAGAUACUGUCACUUACUAUUGUCUUCCUUGCUUCAUGCAAGGUUGAGUUUCUUUCACAGUAUCGUAUCCGAUAAAGUCAGUUCUCCUAAGUGUCCAGUGCCUGUUCCUAGACCUGCUUGCUGGGAACACACUCAUAACUCUCUUAUCCAGCUAACAAGCUAACUUGUGGAUAGUGUUUACAAAAGUACAGAAGUACUACUUCCAAGGAAAAUGCUCUGCUUCUCAAGGCAUUUGUGAAGACCUCCAGAGCCUUUCCCAAAGUGUGACCUUUUCUGGGAUAUUUGUACCAGGUCAGGGUUUUUUGUGUUGUUUUCAAAUAAGUUUGACUGAAGUUUGGCUGACAGUUUUUGUAUACCUGCUUUAAUGUUUAUAAAAUUUUUAUUGAGGUAUAAUUAAAAUAUAGUGUAAUGCACAGAGGGUUAAGUAUUCUUACCUGCUUUAAUUUUGAAACAGAUUUUUAUUGUCAGACAAAUUUGAAAGCAUGUGUUUUAACACAUGGAUAUAAUUUAGCUUUGUAUGAAUUUUGAAACCAAGGCAAUUUCCCAAGCAUAAAAGUUGGAGCCAUUUUUCAGAACUUGCUUAUACCACAUUACCAAAUAAUCAGCCUUGAUUCAUUUCUAGAGGAAGAGAAUUUUGAAGCAGAGGAUGAAACAGGUUUGCUUCCCAUUUAAGAAAAAGGGGGAAGUAGCAGUUUGUAAAAAUGUGAGGCAGACUGUAAUUCUCAGCUCCCUUUUCUUCUUAGCCUUAAAAUAAUAUUCUCUUUCUUCUAGUUUGGGAACAUAUAGAGAGAUUUUUCAAACAAGAGGCCAUUUUCAAUUUCUGAAGUUUCAUGCUGGUGAAAGAAGCCAGCUGCAGUGAGAGGGCAAUAGCCCUCUAGCCAAUGCUGUGGAGCAGUUUGCCUCUCUCCCACUUUCGUUCAUAGAACCUUGUUAAAGGCUUCUUUGGGGUUUGUUUUUUCCUUUUUUUUUUUUUUUUUUUUUUUUUUUUUUUUGAAAACUUUUAUAUUUUGCCUCUCCUUUUGCUGCAUCUUCAAAAUGUUUCUUUUGUGCCUAUGAACGUGUGUGAACAUAAUAUAACAUGUAGUAGGUGUCCUGUAUUUUGUUUUAGUUGAAAAAUGAGGAAGAGAAUUUCCUCUUAAUACCCUUGGCCUCUGCUUAUUUGAAUACUCAUAGGUACAUACAAAUUUGACACUUUCAUGGUAAUGAGAGUAUAAUGGAGGUGAGUGGUAAGUUCCUUACAUUAAAGGCCAGUCAAUUGCCUGUGUCCUUUCAUGCCUUUGAAUUCUGAGUCGGGGGUGGGGAGGUAGCAAACAUGAAAACAGUGCUUUAGCCAAAUUCCAUAUGUAAUGCCAUUGGGAGAGUAUUGCCUGAAAUAUCAUUCAAGUCAGGGAGAUAAAAUGGUAAUAUUUUUACAGAAUAUUCCUGGGUAAACAAAUGAGCCUUCAGUUUGUAUACAUUCCAAAUGCCCCAAACUGCAUCUGCAACAUUUUGUUCUUUGAAGUAUUACCUCUUAACCUUUGUUAAUGUUUUUGUCUUGUCUUAUAUAAUUCAAGUUUUGAAUAUAAAAUCAAUCUUUUUUCAAAUGUCACCUUUUUAUCAAUACUUUUUCAUUAAAUUAUGAAAACUGUUAA